AUGUCACAAGAUCCAGAUGUUGCCGAUCCAUAUAUGUAUGAUGGCGAGUCACAAAAUAUUACUCCUGAAGAUUGUUGGACCGUGAUCUCAUCAUUUUUCCAAGAGAAAGGGUUAGUAUCGCAGCAGUUGGAUUCAUUUGACGAGUUUAUAGAGUCAACUAUACAGGAGUUGGUUUGGGAGGACUCGCAUUUGAUCUUGGAUCAGCCAGCACAGCAUACCUCGGAGAAUGACCACGACAAUAGGAGGUACGAAAUCACUUUUGGAAAAAUUUAUAUCUCAAAACCGAGUCAGACUGAGGGUGAUGGUACAACCCACCCUAUGUUCCCACAAGAGGCAAGACUCCGUAACCUCACAUACUCGUCUCCCUUGUAUGUUGAUAUGACCAAAAAAGUAUUUAAAUCUGAUGAUAAUGCGCGUGUCGAUAAUGAACUAGAGUGGAUCGAAGUGCCCAUCCCCGGAGAAGAAGCCAAAACUCAAGCAUUUCUUGGUAAAGUGCCUAUAAUGUUGAGAUCAAAGUUUUGUAUGUUGCGCGAUUUGGGUGAACUAGAGUUUUACGAGUUGAAGGAGUGCCCUUACGAUAUGGGUGGUUACUUUGUUAUCAAUGGUUCAGAAAAGGUUUUGAUAGCUCAAGAAAGAAGUGCUGCCAAUAUCGUUCAAGUGUUUAAAAAGGCAGCACCUUCACCAAUAUCUCACGUUGCCGAAAUCAGAUCGGCAAUUGAAAAAGGGUCAAGGUUGAUUUCAUCAAUGCAGAUAAAAUUAUACGGGCGCGACGAAAAGGGAACUUCAGCAAGAACAAUAAAAGCAACUUUGCCAUAUAUUAAGGAAGAUAUACCAAUUGUGAUUGUUUUCAGAGCAUUGGGUGUUGUUCCAGAUGGAGAUAUUCUAGAACACAUUUGUUACGACGCCAAUGAUUGGCAAAUGUUGGAAAUGUUGAAACCUUGUGUCGAGGAAGGUUUCGUGAUACAAGAACGUGAAGUUGCACUCGAUUUUAUUGGAAGAAGAGGAGUUUUGGGUAUAAGAAGGGAAAAACGUAUACAAUAUGCCAAGGAUAUUUUGCAAAAGGAAUUGUUGCCAAAUAUCACACAGGAGGAAGGUUUCGAGACAAGAAAAGCAUUCUUUCUUGGUUAUAUGGUUAAUAGAUUACUACUUUGUGCAUUAGAAAGAAAAGAACCAGACGAUAGAGACCAUUUUGGUAAGAAAAGGCUAGAUUUGGCAGGACCUUUACUAGCCAAUUUGUUUCGUAUCUUAUUUAAGAAAUUAACAAAAGACAUUUACAACUAUAUGCAAAGGUGUGUUGAGAAUGACAAGGAGUUCAAUCUUACUUUGGCCGUUAAGUCACAAACUAUAACUGACGGAUUAAGAUAUUCGCUUGCCACUGGUAAUUGGGGUGAGCAAAAGAAAGCAAUGAGUUCGAGAGCUGGUGUUUCACAAGUUUUGAACCGUUACACAUAUUCAUCAACCUUGUCGCAUUUAAGAAGAACAAAUACGCCUAUUGGAAGAGACGGAAAAAUUGCAAAGCCAAGACAGUUGCACAAUACCCAUUGGGGCUUAGUAUGCCCCGCAGAGACACCAGAAGGUCAAGCGUGUGGUUUAGUCAAGAACUUAUCCUUGAUGACAUGUAUUUCUGUGGGUACUCCUUCGGAGCCAAUAUUGUCAUUUUUGCGUGAUUGGGGGUUGGAACCUUUAGAAGAUUACGUUCCUUCCAACUCGCCAGACGCUACUAGAGUCUUUGUUAAUGGUGUUUGGGUUGGUGUACACAGAGAACCACAUUCGUUAGUAGGAACUAUGCGUGAGUUUAGAAGAAAUGGAGACAUUUCUCCCGAGGUUUCCAUUAUUAGAGAUAUCAGAGAAAAGGAGUUCAAGAUAUUCACCGAUGCUGGAAGAGUCUAUCGUCCAUUAUUUAUUGUUGACGAUAAUCCAGAGUCCGAGACUAAAGGUGAUUUGAAACUUCGAAAAGAACAUGUUAAUAAGUUGUUGGAAUCCACUUAUGAUGGAUUUGACGAGGACGAGACGCCUAGUUAUACAUGGUCUUCUCUAGUGAAGGAAGGUAUAGUUGAGUAUGUUGAUGCCGAAGAAGAAGAAACGAUCAUGAUAGCAAUGACACCAGAUGACUUGGAAGCGUCAAAGAGUACACUAACAGAAACACAAAUACAAGAUUUACAAUUGGAAGAACAAGAUUUAGAUCCGGCCAAAAGAAUCAAGCCUACAAACAGCAGCAACACCCAUACAUUUACUCAUUGUGAAAUCCAUCCUUCUAUGAUUUUGGGUGUUGCAGCGUCAAUCAUCCCCUUCCCUGAUCAUAACCAAUCGCCACGUAAUACGUAUCAAUCUGCGAUGGGUAAGCAAGCCAUGGGUGUAUUUUUGACAAAUUACUCGGUGAGAAUGGAUACAAUGGCAAAUAUCUUGUACUAUCCGCAAAAACCACUUGCCACCACCAGAGCUAUGGAGCACUUGAAAUUCCGUGAAUUACCGGCAGGUCAAAAUGCCAUUGUUGCCAUUGCAUGUUACUCCGGUUACAACCAGGAGGAUUCCAUGAUCAUGAACCAAUCUUCCAUUGAUAGAGGUUUAUUUAGGUCAUUGUUCUUUAGAUCAUAUAUGGAUUUGGAAAAACGACAAGGAAUGAAGGCAUUAGAGACUUUUGAAAAACCGUCUAGGUCGGAUACUUUACGGUUGAAGCAUGGUACUUAUGAAAAAUUGGAUGACGAUGGAUUGAUUGCUCCCGGUGUUAGAGUGAGCGGAGAGGAUAUCAUUAUUGGUAAAACAACACCAAUACCACCAGACACAGAAGAGUUGGGUCAAAGAACACAAUACCAUACCAAGAGAGAUGCAUCUACGCCCUUGAGAAGCACGGAAUCCGGUAUUGUUGAUCAAGUCUUGUUAACCACAAAUGGGGACGGUGCCAAAUUCGUCAAGGUUAGAAUGAGAACAACCAAGGUACCUCAAAUUGGUGAUAAGUUUGCUUCUAGACAUGGUCAAAAGGGUACUAUUGGUGUUACUUAUAGACAUGAAGAUAUGCCGUUCACAGCUGAAGGUGUUGUUCCUGAUUUGAUUAUCAACCCACACGCUAUCCCAUCACGUAUGACGGUUGCACAUUUGAUUGAGUGUUUAUUAUCCAAAGUUUCGUCGUUAUCAGGGCUUGAGGGUGAUGCAUCGCCAUUUACAGAUGUUACAGCAGAAGCUAUAUCUAAAUUAUUAAGGGAACACGGUUACCAGUCUCGUGGUUUUGAGGUGAUGUACAAUGGACACACAGGUAAGAAGUUGAUGGCGCAGGUGUUUUUUGGACCAACCUAUUAUCAAAGAUUGAGACAUAUGGUGGAUGACAAGAUUCACGCCAGAGCAAGAGGACCUGUGCAAGUAUUGACUAGACAGCCUGUUGAAGGUAGAUCAAGAGAUGGUGGAUUACGUUUCGGGGAGAUGGAGAGAGAUUGUAUGAUUGCACAUGGUGCUGCAGGGUUCCUUAAGGAGAGAUUGAUGGAAGCAUCAGAUGCCUUUAGAGUUCACAUUUGUGGUGUUUGUGGCUUAAUGUCGGUAAUUGCGAAUUUGAAAAAGAAUCAAUUUGAGUGCCGUUCAUGUAAAAACAAAACCAAUAUUUAUCAAAUCCAUAUUCCUUAUGCGGCAAAAUUAUUAUUCCAGGAAUUGAUGGCUAUGAAUAUUACACCGAGGUUGUAUACUGAAAGUUCCGGGGUAAGUACUCGUUCUUGA